AUGACCAAACUCACUGUUCUAGCAGGCUUGUGCCUGGUUAUGUGCCAUCUGGCGACUGCCAAUGAGAUGGCCUGUUACUUCACCAACUGGUCCCAGUACAGACCAGGGGCUGGAAAGUACACCCCCCAGAACGUGGACCCCUUCCUGUGCACCCACCUCAUCUACGCCUUCUCCAUCAUCAACAACAAGAAUGAGCUGGUGACGUAUGAGUGGAACGAUGAGACUCUGUACAAGACCUUCAACGGCCUGAAGAGCAAGAACCCAGGUUUGAAGACCUUACUGGCUGUGGGUGGAUGGAAUUUCGGUUCCACUCAGUUCUCCAUCAUGGUGUCCUCUCCAGCUAACCGUAAAACCUUCAUCCAGUCUUCCAUCAAAUUCCUGAGGACUCAUGGCUUUGAUGGUCUGGAUCUGGACUGGGAGUAUCCUGGAUCUCGUGGAAGUCCUCCUCAGGACAAGCAGAGGUUCACUCUGCUGUGUCAGGAACUUGUCGAGGCCUACGCUGCUGAGGCCAAGGCCACCGGGAAGCCUCAGCUGAUGUUGACCGCCGCAGUGUCUGCCGGGAAGGGAACCAUCGACGCUGGAUACGAAAUUGGAAAGAUCGCUAAGCAUCUGGACUUCAUCAACAUCAUGACCUAUGACUUCCACGGAGCGUGGGAAAGAUCUACUGGACACAACAGUCCUCUGUACCGUGGUUCCCAUGACAGCGGUGACCUCAUCUACUUUAACACUGACUUUGCCAUGAAGUACUGGAGGGACAACGGCACCCCAGUGGAGAAGCUGAGGAUGGGUUUUGCUGCUUAUGGACGUACCUUCCGCCUGACAUCUGCGAGCACUGGUGUCGGAUCCCCAGCCAGCGGAGCAGCUUCAGCCGGACCAUUCACACGUGAAGCUGGAUUCUGGUCCUACUAUGAGGUCUGCACCUUCUUAAAGGGCGCAAAGACUCAGUGGAUUGAGGACCAGAAGGUUCCCUGUGCCAGCAAAAACAAUGAAUGGGUCGGAUAUGACAACAAGGAGAGUUAUGAGAUCAAGGUCCAGUAUUUGAAGGACAACAAGUUUGGUGGUGCUUUUGUGUGGGCUUUGGAUCUGGACGACUUUAAAGGAGAAUUCUGUGGACAGGGAAGCCACCCUCUGCUGUCUCAUCUGCGCAACCUCCUUAAUGUUGACACUCCUCCAGGUCCUUCUACAACCACCAAGAGACCUGUUGUUACCACCGCCAGACCCUCGACCACAACAUCUAAGCCAGUCGUGACCAAAACUACUCCAUCCACCACCAUCAGACCCAGUGGCACCACCACUGCUCCAUCCACUAAGACCACCCGUCCCAUCCCAGGACGUGGUUUCUGCAAGGACAAGGCUGAUGGAAUUUAUGCCAACCCAGAAGACAACACCACUUUCUACAUCUGCUCCCGUGGCCGAACCUACCUGAAUAAGUGCGGUGAAGGCACCGUGUUUCAGGACAGCUGCAAGUGCUGUGUUUGGCCAAGGAGACUGGAGGACUUCAUUACUGACAAUUAA